UUCACAUAAGAAUCUUGAUUCUCAUUUACUACGAUUCAGAAUCGAUUUAAAAUGUCCCAAAAUCGAUUCUAAGGUCCAAUCCCAUUUCUUCCCUUGGCCCUACCCCUACCGAAGCGUUUUUCGCUCCGCCUCCCACUGCCCAAAGCGGCAAGUGGGAGGCGGAGAAAGCGAUUGGCUGCGCCGCCGUAGUGUGUAAACGUACCAUCACCCCUAAGGCGGGUAAAGGAUAGGGCUUGUUCAAACAGAGAUCUUCCAGACCCACACAGAGCGUAGGUGUAUGAGAAUUACCGAUUACUGGAAUGUGCUGCUCCACAGCGCCGUGAGUGGCCGGAGCCCCGCCCGCUGCUCUCAGCGCUACAGUCCGCCUGAAGAGCGUCCGGAGAGCGGCGCGGUGCGGCCCGGAGAACCGGCCGAAUCUGUACCGGAGAAACCCCGCCGGAGCCGCGCGAAGCACCCCGGGAAUACUGAUCCACCUCCCCGCGGGGAAACAUGGAGGACGGGGGGCCGGAACCGGCCGACAGCGCGCUGAAGAAGGCGGCCGCUGUGGAGCGGAGCAGCCCGGUGCAGCCGGAGAACAAGCCGGGGAGCGAGCACCCAGCGCCGGCCAGGAGGCAGAGCUGCUCCAGCACAAACCGCGAUGUAACAAAGAAGACACACACAUCUCAGAUUGAGAGUAUUCCCUGUAAGAUCUGUGGAGAUAAAUCAUCAGGAAUCCACUACGGAGUGAUCACCUGUGAGGGCUGUAAGGGUUUUUUUAGGAGGAGUCAGCAGGGAGCCGUGUCGUACUCCUGUCCUCGUCAGAAGAGCUGUGUGAUCGACCGGACCAGCCGGAACCGCUGCCAGCACUGCCGCCUGCAGAAAUGCCUGGCAGUGGGCAUGUCUCGAGACGCGGUGAAGUUCGGCCGGAUGUCGAAGAAGCAGAGGGACAGUCUUUUCGCGGAGGUUCAGAGACACCGACAGCAGCAGCAGCAGCAGCAGGACAAACCGGAGGAGGAGGAGGAGCCAGAGGAGGGGCGGGACCCCCCGCCUGGAGAGGCGGAGCCACUGACACCCUCAUACGCCCUCUCGACCAACGGGCUUACAGAACUCCCCGACGAUCUCGGCGGAUACGUGAACGGCCACACCGAGGACGAGGUAAAGGCGGACUCGGCGAUUGGUGGAUUCUACCUGGACAUUCAGCCGUCUCCCGACCAAUCAGGGCUCGAUAUGGACGGCAUUAAGCUGGAGCCGGUGUGCGACCUGAGCCCGGAAUCGGGCCUGGACCCGUACUGCUGUUACAGCGAUAUAGACUCCUCCCCCACCGACACCACGAGCGACCUGGCAGAACAUCUGUCUGAGAACAUCUGUAAAUCACACAUGGAGACGUGUCAGUAUCUACGGGAGGAGCUGGAGCCCAGCAAGUGGCAAACUGUGCUGAACACUGAGCUGGAGGCGUAUCAGAAGAAGUCUCAGGAGGAGAUGUGGCAGGUGUGUGCGGUGAAGGUGACGGAGGCGGUGCAGUACGUGGUGGAGUUUGCGAAGCGUAUUGAUGGAUUUAUGGAGCUCUGCCAGAAUGAUCAGAUAGUUCUGCUCAAAGCAGGGUCGUUAGAGGUGGUGUUCGUGAGGAUGUGUCGGGCGUACGACUCUCAGAAUAACAGCGUUUAUUUUGAUGGGAAGUACGCCGGGCCGGAGGUCUUCAGGUCUCUGGGCUGUGAUGAUCUGAUCAGCUCGGUGUUUGACUUCGCUAAGAGUAUGAGUUCUCUGCAGCUGACGGAGGACGAGAUCGGACUGUUCUCCGCCUACGUUCUGAUGUCCUCAGAUCGAUCUUGGCUUCAGGAGAAGAACAGGGUGGAGAAGCUUCAGCAGAGGAUCCAGGCAGCUCUACAGAACCUCCUCCAGAAGAACCAGAGAGACAAGGGAGUUCUCACCAAGAUGAUCUGUAAGGUGUCAACGGUUCGAGGUCUCUGCAGUCGACACAUGGAGAAGCUGAGUGCGUUCCGGGCGCUGCACCCCGACACCGUGCACUCCCGCUUCCCCCCACUCUACAAGGAGCUGUUCGGAUCAGACUUUGAGCAGGCCCCGCCCCAGGAGGCCUGACCCCACCCCUGCAGGCUCCGCCCACCCCAACAGACUCAGAAACGUCCACUGAACUGCCACUGACCCUGCUCCGCCUCCUUCUCCGCUCGACUACAGGUUCUACUACAGGUUCUUCCACAGGUUCUACAGCGUCACCAACCACCAACCUCCCUCUGAACUGAGGACGCUGGGGGGAAUCCUCUAUCCAGCACCUGCCUGCUCUGCCACAUCAAAAUAAAUAAAUAAAUAAAUAAAUAAAUAAACCAAAAAUUGCCAAAAUUGCAAAAAAUCCACUUUAAAUCAUUUUAUUUUUGCCUGAAAACAUUCAGUGAAAUCAGUGAAAAACUAACCAAACAAAAACUGUUUUUGGUAAUGUGAUCAAAUCGCAAUCAGCUGGGUUUAAAUAAAAAAACUAUAUAUAUAUAAAUUUUAAGUGUUCAAUAAAUAUUUAUGCAGAAAUAUAGAAAAUUCUAAAGAGUUUACAAACCCUGAUGAACACCUGGAGAAGGUAGAAGUUCAGCUAAGAGUAUCUAUAAACUAAAAUUCUAGAUAUGCAUGAAAAAUUCAGCAGCUAAAAAUAUUACGCCAAAAACGGCAAAAACAAACCCGUUUCAUAUUUAACAUGUUUGGCUGAAUCUGUGAAUCAGUGAAAAACAAAACAGUGAACAAUUUAGUUUUUGAUAAUGUGAUCAAAUCACAACCAUAUUAAAAUAUCCAGUGUUCAGUAAUUAGUAUUAUAUUAGUGAUUUUUUUUUUUAUUUAAAAGAAAAGAAGACAAACAUAUUGGGAACAUUUAAACAAUUUAAAUUAUUAAAUUAAAUGUUUUACGUACCAUAUUAACUGGUUCUGAUACGACUGUUAAAACAGAACUGAUAUAAUACCAGUUCUGACAUUGUUUUGAUUUUAGAUUUUCUUAAAAUAUGUAGUCAUGUUCCCACAGUAAAAAAAAAACAAACCUGAAUGAGCUUCUAACUGAAUUUAUCUAAUUCUAUUUAAAACUGGGCAUCAAUAUUCAGAAAUAGAUCUGGGCUCUUAUGGGUUCAUUUGUUCAAUCGUGAAAAAGUGGUAAAAACAUGCAAAAAAUUUCAGUUUCAGCCAAAAAUGUUUAUUUCCGUGCAUCCCUGCUAAAGACAAAUCAGCUGAAUUUUAUCAGUUAAAAUAAAAAAAAGUUAAGUAAGACAUUCAAUCUAUUAAUUUAGUAUUUUUUUUAUAAAGGCCUCUUUGCACAUUAAUCUAUUUCUAAAUAUGAGCCGUUUAGUAAGAUAGAAAAUCACUUUAAUUUUAAUUUUAUAAAAUAUUUUUGGCUCUUUGUAUUUUGCGUAGUGAAAUCGUGUCACAGAUGAUGGUGAAUGAUAUUAAAUCCUGGUGUUUUAGAUGCGGUGUGGACCAGGAUCUCCUACAUCAUCUAAUCUAUAAUCAAUAAUCAAUAAUUUAUCCAUUAGAAUAAAAUCAGUCCUGUAGACUCUGAGUUCAGACCGGAGGUUCUGGCGGUGUGAGAGUAUAGUGGAGAGCGUAGUGGAGAACCCAACAGAUCGUAGCACUUUGUGUUUCCCAGCAAUAACCAGUAUGAAUUCUCCCUGUGUUUGAUGGUGUGGAUGAUCAUGUUAAUAAUCAAUAACCAAUAUUUGAUAAGGUCUGGACUGUGUUUAAUGUCCUGCUCCUCCUGUGUGUAUCGUCUCUGCCACUGUGUGGAAGUGCCAGGUGUCCCCGGUGUCCCCAGUGUCUCCAGUGUCCCAGGUGUCCCGGGUGUCCAUAGCAUCCUGGGUGUCCCAGUUGUGCCAAGUUUUCUGGGUCUGCCGGAUGUGACAGGUGUCCCUAGUGUCCUGGGUGUGCCAGAUGUCCAUGAUGUUCCAGGUGUCCUGGAUGUGCUAGGUGUCCCCACUGUCUCCUGUUUCCCAGUUGUCCCAGAUGUCCCGGGUUUGCCAGAUGGUCCACGUGUCCUGGAUGUUCCAGGUGUCCCCAGUAUCUUUGGUCUCACAGUUGUGCCAAGUGUCUCCUGUGUCCCGGGCGUGGCAGGUUAAUUUUUCAGGAGGCGGGAUCUGAGACAUUGAUGGGAUUUAAUUGGUCAGCUAUAGAUCUGAUCCACGUCCCCCGGGGACAGUGUUGUGUAAUGUUUAUCAUGACCUUAGCGUCUGCGCUACGACAACGUUGAACGGCGCUAAUGCUGCGGCGCAUCGUUUCUGCCGAAUCCCUCUCAGUGUUCCUGUAGUCGGGCCGGGUUUGCUCAGAGUUCCUGUAGUCGGGCCGGGUUUGCUCAGUGUUCCUGUAGUCGGGCCGGGUUUGCUCAGUGUUCCUGUAGUCGGGCCGGGUUUGCUCAGUGUUCCUGUAGUCGGGCCGGGUUUGCUCAGAGUCCUGUAGUCGGGCCGGGUUUGCUCAGUGUUCCUGUAGUCGGGCCGGGUUUGCUCAGUGUUCCUGUAGUCGGGCCGGGUUUGCUCAGUGUUCCUGUAGUCGGGCCGGGUUUGCUCAGAGUUCCUGUAGUCGGGCCGGGUUUGCUCAGUGUUCCUGUAGUCGGGCCGGGUUUGCUCAGUGUUCCUGUAGUCGGGCCGGGUUUGCUCAGUGUUCCUGUAGUCGGGCCGGGUUUGCUCAGUGUUCCUGUAGUUGGGCCGGGUUUGCUCAGAGUUCCUGUAGUCGGGCCGGGUUUGCUCAGUGUUCCUGUAGUCGGGCCGGGUUUGCUCAGUGUUCCUGUAGUCGGGCCGGGUUUGCUCAGUGUUCCUGUAGUCGGGCCGGGUUUGCUCAGUGUUCCUGUAGUUGGGCCGGGUUUGCUCAGAGUUCCUGUAGUUGGGCCGGGUUUGCUCAGUGUUCCUGUAGUUGGGCCGGGUUUGCUCAGAGUUCCUGUAGUUGGGCCGGGUUUGCUCAGAGUUCCUGUAGUCGGGCCGGGUUUGCUCAGUGUUCUGGCGGUUCUUUGGGUCGUGAUUAACCCCUUGUGCCCUGUGGUAAAGCAAUAGUGCGGUUAAUGGAGACGCUGAUCCGCACGCUGAGGUUCUGUAAGGGCUGGAUCUGCAAUAUGUGUACUGUUGUUAUUAAGCAUCAAUUCUUUGUGAAAGACAAUCCAUUAAACAUUUGACCUCAUUAAUUAAAUGGGUAUCGGGGAAUCGCUCAGGGACUCUUAACGUGCUGUUCAGAGAAAAAGAGAGAGAAACCAAAAGCGUAACAGUACUACAGUCACAUUACAAUCACUGUAACACAGCCGACGCUGACGCUGUGAAUCCGGAGAAGAUCAGGGUCUGCAGAGAUUUCAUAAAUAAAGAAUAAAGAAGAGUUUAGCCAAACUAAGAAAGAAAAGCAAUAACGGUAACAUGGUAUAACUUUAGCGAAUGAACAUUAGAACUGCAUGCGUUGCUUUAAACACAGAACCUGUGUUCUCUUUUCCUUUUCAUUUCCCUGUGUUGUCGUGUUUUGAUUACAGGCUGCGUCCCAAUCGCAUAUUACACACAUUCACUGAUACUGUAAAAAAAUAUAUUAUAAAAUACAACUCUGGGGAAAAAAUAAGAGAGCACUUAAAAAUAAAACGUUUUCUUGAUUUUACCAAAUUAAAAACCUCUGGAAUAUAAUCAAGAGGAAGAUGGAUGAUCACAAACCAUCAAACCACCAAACUGAACUGCUUUUUUUUUGCACCAGGAGUAAAGCAGCAUAAAGUUAUCCAAAAGCAGUGUGUAAGACUGGUGGAGGAGAACAUGAUGCCAAGAUGCAUGAAAUUAAAACUGUGAUUAAAAACCAACCAGGGUUAUUCCACCAAAUAUUGAUUAUUUCUGAACUCUUAAAACUUUAUGAAUAUGAACUUGUUUUCUUUGUAUUAUUUGAGGUCUGAAAGCUCUGCAUCUUUUUUGUUAUUUCAGUCAUUUCUCAUUUUCUGUAAAUAAAUGCUCUAAAUGAGAAUAUUUUUAUUUGUAAUUUGGGAGAAAUGUUGUCUGUAGUUUAUAGAAUAAAACAACAAUGUUCAUUUUACUCAAACAUAAACCUAUAAAUAGCAAAAUCGCUUUUUGAAAGAGAAAAAGAGAACAGUACUGGUGGCUGAUGAACCUUUAGCACUACCACUGCCACCCACUGGGGGGCCACAGGCUGCAAACGAUUAGUAUAUAUUGAUAUGUUUAUAAAUUGUCUAUUAUAUUAUGUUAUAUACUAAUAUUAAUAUCACAGAUUUAUCAGGUUUGUACAAUUAGGAGCAUAUUUUUCCCAGACAGGGAUUAAUUGAGACUAGAUUUGGAAUAAAUGUCAUUCUGAAGGGAGAUUAUAGAUUAUAGUAAUAAAAUAAUUAGUGAUAAUCGCUGUUCUGGUGAACUUUUCAUCAAAUUUAACUCUCUUUUAUGCACUUAAAUUUUAAAUACAGUGUUGAGUGUUUGUAGUGUUCAGUAUCAGUAGUGUUUAUUAGUGUGCGUUUGGGACGCAGCCGGUCCUCGGUGUCGUCCUCAUCCCGUCUGUUUUGCUAUAAGAGACCUGAGACAGUCUGUGUGAUUCUUCUUCUUCUUCCUGUGUAAUAUUUGAUCAUUUGAUCUGAAAUAUGCCCGUUUUUCACCGUUUUUUGGUUAAAGAUGUUUUUUUUUCCCAGCUGACGGUUAAUAAAGAGACGCUGAGUGGAUUAAAGCUCUGGUUUCAGGGUGUUUUAGUUGAGCUCAGUGUUGGUUGGGGUGUGUCAGUGUGUGGAUGAUGGCGAGUGUGUUUUUAUGAUAAUUCUGAUGCGUGUGUGUGUGUGUGUGUGUCGGCGCUGGGUGAUGAUUUAUUUGGGUAGUUGUUCUGUACUCGGCAGUAUUGUAAUUCUCUGGUUUUCGGGCAUGAGAACUUUAAUCUCUCUGUAUUCGUAGGUUUUUUCGGUAUCACAGUAAUAAUCCAGUCUUUGUACGGUUUUCUCAUUUUUCACGGUAAAGACCAAAACUUUUGUAUCACAUGCACGACGCCAUGAUAUGCUGACUUGUGGGUAAUAUGCUAAUAAUUUGAGUACAUCACAGUUUGUAUUAAAGAAUAAACUCACCUGGAUCUGGUUUUCCCUCUGAACUCUUUCUGUUAUUUUAAUUAUUUUGAUUAUUUUGAUUAUUUUUUGGUUUAUUCGGACAGGUGAGAUACGUGUUUUUGGUUUUAACCCUUCGGGCGCUCCGGGUUGGUCCGGAGUGGCGCUCUAGCAAUAGUCCCCUCCUCCUGUACCUGUAAUUAUUCUGUUGUUUUGUAAAUACACCUGUAUAAAUCUGUUUUGUUUAAUCUGAAUGUUGUGACGGUGUGUUUAGAGAGGCGCAUGUCAGACAUCUGAUACUGUGCUGAAUGUGCUGAUAGUAAUAAACAUCCCACAAACCUGUGAUGGAAUCAUA